UGGUUUUAAUUUUUUUUCCAAUUUUUAUUUGCUGCGUCUAAUUUUCUUUGGCCUGCUUCGAGAUAGUGUUUGCUGGAUAAUACGUGUGCUACUCUUCUUCUCCACCGUUUUCUUCUCCAAUAAAAUGCCUACAAGUAUCGUCCCCUUUAAUGCUCUCCACUGCUUUCAUUCUUACGCCCUUCCACGUUCUUCCUUCUACAGCUUCAUCUCUUUCUUCCUUCCACACAAAAGCCCUACCUCGAUCCAUUUCUCUCCGAUCUCUCCAAGGAAACAUCACCCCGAAGGAUGGUCACCCGUCGCUGGUAGUGAAAAAAUUGGAGAAAAUUUAUGUGAUUUCGAUUAACCCACCCUACAGUACUUCCACUCUUUGUUUUUGGAUGGUUCCAUUCCAUUUUCCCUCUUCGUCUCCAUCGCCUCUCCAUUUUUCUUCGUCACUGAAUAAUCAACAACCAUAUAGGUGGCACUGUGAUGGCGGUGGAGCUACCAGGUAAGUUUCCUACGAUUCAUCACACGUACACAUAUAGAGAUCGGGAGACAUCGAGAGGGAGGCAAGAAGAAGCGAGAUGGUGUCGCCAUAGUUCAAUUUCUCCUAAAUCCCAUACUCGCACCAUAAAGCUCUUAAAGGUCUUCGAUUCAUCCAUAGUUCUCCCUUUACCCUUUUACUCAUACCAAAUAAGGUCAUAUAAUCCCUAACGUUUCUAUAUUCCUUUCUAUUUAUUUCUUCAUGCUUACUGCUGAUGCGGUCGCCUGACUUUUUGGAAUAUCUCUCAAACUACGACUCCCGCUAUCUAUUGUUUGGUUAUCUCCGAGCUCUUUAUUUCUGUGUUCCAUUCCGUGAGCUUCUUGGAUACAUGGAAAUGAUGAAAAUCUACGAGGAUUUGGAGCUAAUCUAAGAUUUUUACUGUUAUGGAUGAAGUUGCGGCCGCAACCCACCAGGUAUUCGAUGAAAUGCCGAGGUGUUAUUUGGUCAUUUUGUAACAGUCACAUGUGUUGCCUACAGUAACAUAACUUAUAUUAGAAAACUUUAACCUAUAAUAACAAUCUACUUAUGAUUUUUACGGAAACUGGAUGUUUGCACUUUACAUAUAUAACUUUAUUAAAAAUGUCUGAUUAUUAUUAGUAAAAAGUUUCAAGAUACAAUGAAAAAAUAAGAUAUUAUAAUAUAUGAAAUUUAAAAGAGUAUUUAUGAAGGGAGAAGGAAGAACAAAAGGGGAAGCUGUCUUUCUUCUCUGAUCUCAAACCAGGUGCAGAAUUUCUUGAGGUAUAAAAUGCAUACAUAUGUUGCAAUUUAAUGUUUUGUUGUUGCAUGUAGUUUUCACUCAAAGGUAAGAUUUAGCCCUCUUUCUCUUGCCUACAAUUCUUUUACCAUUUUGCUUUAAUGUUUUUUUUUAUUUAAAUUUGUUGAAACUACUAUUUAUUCUUAAUCUCUCCUUUUAGCAUGGUGUUGCUUUCUGAAAAUGACCACCUUACCCUCUGACCUAAAUUGGAAAAAAAAAUUUGUUGUUUUGGCAGAACCUUGAGGUAUUAAUAUUUUUUUAUAGUUUCAGGACCAUAUUGCCCCUGCACUGUUUUUAUAUUAAAAAAAUUCCAUUAUGACAGUUUUUGGACGAUAUUGCCCUUGAACACUGUUUUCAUAUUAAUAAAAAACAAUUUAAAUAGUUGUAGGACAAUAUUGCCCCUGCACACUGUUUUAACAUUAAAAAAAUAAAUAUUUGCAUUUUUUUGACCAUAUUGCCCCCUGCACACUUUUUAUAUUAAUAAAAUUAAUUAUUUACAUCCGCUGCAUUGUUUUUAUAUUAAAAAAAAAAUUCUAUUCUGACAGUUUUUGGACGAUAUUUCCCCUGAACACUGUUUUUUUCAUAUUAAUAAAAAACAAUUUAUAUCGUUGUAGGACAAUAUUGCCCCUGCACACUGUUUUAACAUUAAAAAAAUCUAUUAGGGCUUUUUUAGAACAGUUAGGUUUGGUAAGGAAAAGUGGAAAACCGGGGUACGAUGCAUUUUAUUUUUCUGAAUAGAUGAAACAGCUGUUGUGAGUCACAAUUACAUAUUUCGCUCAUGUUAUAUCCCUCACGUAAUUGAUUCAUUGAUUGAGGGGCAUAAUGGGAAUUUUGAUACAUACAUGUAACGAGAUGAGCAAGGCUCCUUAGAUAUAGAUAUUGGUGACACAAUUGACAUUGCAAAGAAAGAAGACAAGAAUUGUUGACAAGAAGGAAAGGAUUGGGAAGGCCAAAUCAGGGGCUUCAAACUACCAUCUAUUGUUUGCAUAAACACCUUGGCUGCUUCUUCAACGACCUUCAUCUCUCUCCAUCUUCCCCAUUUCUGGCAAAGAAAGAUUGAUAUGUAUCCCACCUCCAAUUCAUCUUCCGCAUCUCAGACUUCAGGAGGAGAUCCUAACAACAUCAAUGGCAGUAACGUUAACGGCGGUGGGGGAGGAGCACAGCAAGGCCUCGCUCGCUACCGUUCUGCUCCCGUCUCCUUUUUAACCACCACCGUAGACUCCGUCAUCAAUGGACAAACCCAACAUACCACCGUCGGAAAUCACAAUAUGGUUGGCGGAGGCGGCACCCCUACUCGCUUCUUCUCACCUCCAGAUUCGACAUCUUCGCAGCUCUCCACCGGAGAUCGGUUACAAACCACCUCAUUCCGUUUAAACGAGUUCGCAACCGCUUUUAAUGGUUUGAAAGGUACAUCUCAGACUCCGUCUCCGUUAUUCCGGCACGGCAGCUCCCCCGCCGGUUUUCUCAACACUCUUGUUUCUUCUACCCCCACUGACGGAAGGGGUUCAAGAUUAAGCUCUCAACUUAGUUUCACUGGAACAAGUUCUUUUUCUCAAAUAUCCCAAGAGAACGACAUUGCAAAUUCCCUAAUGUUUUCAAACUCAUCGCAUAACAAAAGAGCUAAGCUUGACAUCAAUGGUCUCAAUGUCAUGGAUUCUGAGCUUAAUUUUGGGCUAUCAGAAUCUGCUCUAGAGGCAGCCACGAUGGAGAAAAUGAUGGACCUUCCUCAUGAUUCUGUCCCUUGUAAAAUCCGUGCCAAGCGUGGUUGCGCUACUCAUCCCCGGAGCAUUGCAGAAAGGGAAAGAAGAACAAGAAUAAGCGGGAAGCUGAAGAAGUUGCAAGAUCUUGUUCCAAAUAUGGAUAAGCAAACAAGCUAUUCAGACAUGUUGGACCUGGCUGUGCAACAUAUAAAAGGCCUUCAAACUCACGUUCAGAACCUUAACAAUGAACUCCAAAAUUGCUCGUGUGGAUGCAAACCCAAAUGAAAAUUAUACUGAUGCAGCAAGAUAUUGAAGGGAAGUCUGGUAGGGUAACACAUGAUGUUGAUAGACAUCCAAGAGAUCAUAAGAGUGUCAUUGUUCACGUGAAAACGACUAGACGACCAUGGAGUUACAUUCAAUGGAAAGCAAGUUAACUUUAGCUUUGGUUUAAUAUACGUGUUCUUUUGUAUCAUCCAAUCCGCAGCACAACCUAAUAUACGCACAUUUAAUUCUUGAUUAGGAUAUUUAUGUAAUUACAGGAUUUUGGUAAUGUUUAUGUAAUUAUAGAAGUUACAUCUAAUUAUUGGGUUGUAUAACUAUAUCAUGAGUUCCUUGUGAUAUUGUUUCUGUAACGAGUAUAUCUAUCACAUUCAUUAAUUUGAUUAA